GCUCAAGGUCAAUCCAUGGUAAUGCCAGGAUUUCCACUUCGUGCUGCAACGGUGCCGCAUUAUUCACCGUAUUCGCCGUCACGUUUUCACAUCGACAAACGGUGCCAGCACAGAUGCUCCUGGAAGUGUUUCUCGAUCGCGCUGAUCCUCCUCGCUGUUGCGCUGACAGCGAUGCUGGCUUACUUUGCCACAGUGAGCUCCAUGCGGCCGAUAGACAGCACGAAAUGCGUGGUGGUCCAAGACGUGAAGGCUGUCACUCAUGAGAACGCGCACGUUCACGACCCGAUAUCAACGCAAAUACCCACUGAAGAAUCACUGCCAACCAGUACAGCGGAACACUCUAGCGCAUCGGAUAGCGCAGGGGACCAACAGAGCGACCCUCAGAUCCAACAGUCAGCGCAGCAAUGGCCGGCAGUGCUUGAAUUACAAGCGUACAAUGUGGCCCACUCAGCUGUUAUUUCGCCUUACCACUUCUGGAACACUGAGUUCCGGAACAAGCAGCCCGCCUUUAUCCGACUGAACCUAACCUUACCUUGGGGUGCGAAUUUCGCCGUUUACGGUCGACGAAACGUCGCACCGAGCGUCACGCAGUACGAUUUCGUGGAGUUCGUGAAAGGUGGCAGAGUGGAUCACAGAUUGAAACGUGAUACCAGUUCCGAGGCGGUCAGUUUUAUGAAAACUGCCGCGCCAGAGGCUCGAUCUAGCGGCAAUCGCUCGUACCAGCAUGUGUUGAUCAAGAGAACGAUCGUGGAGCCGAUGAUGGUGAACGUCAGUUUGCUACAGUAUCUGGAUACUGGACGUUGGUUCCUUUCGGUGUACAACGACGAACUACAGCCGUACAAAGUCACCCUGGUGGUGACCGAAGCCGAAGGUGUUUCGACUACAUGCCCCAACGACUGUUCCGGCAGAGGAUCAUGUUAUCUUGGAAAGUGCGACUGCAUCGACGGGUAUCAGGGAGCCGAUUGCAGCAAGAGUGUGUGCCCGGUACUGUGCUCGUCCCACGGACAAUAUGGCGGCGGUAUGUGCCACUGCGAAGACGGCUGGAAAGGUGCCGAAUGUGAUAUACCAUUAGGAGACUGCCAAGUUCCUGAUUGCAAUCAACACGGACAAUGCGUUAGGGGUUCAUGUGUCUGUAAUCCUGGCUGGAAGGGCGCUUUCUGCGAUGAGCCCGAUUGUCCCGAUCCGAACUGCAGUGGCCACGGCGCAUGCGUAGCAGGCAAGUGCUACUGCAAGGCAGGCUGGCAGGGGGAGCGCUGCAAUCAGGUCGACCAGCAGGUGUACCAAUGUCUACCACGUUGCUCAGAUCACGGCACGUACGACCUCGAAUCCGGAAGCUGCGUGUGUGAGGGACAUUGGACCGGUGUGGACUGUUCACAGCCGAGCUGCGGCCUCGAUUGUGGACCACAUGGAACCUGCGAGCAGGGUCUAUGCAAGUGCAACGAUGACUGGACUGGAACGAAGUGCGACCAGAAACCGUGCGAUCCACGUUGCGCGGAACAUGGUCAGUGCAAGAAUGGAACCUGCGUGUGUAGCCAAGGGUGGAACGGGCGACAUUGCACGCUGCCUGGAUGCGAGAACGGCUGCAGUCGGCACGGACUGUGCAACCUCGAGGAUGGCGAGUACAGUUGCGACUGUUCAACCGGCUGGGCGGGCAGAGAUUGCAGCAUUAGACUCGAAAUGGAAUGUAAUGACUUUAUUGACAACGAUCAGGAUGGCAUGAUGGACUGUUCUGACAGCGAGUGUUGCUCGCACGCAGGUUGCACAGAGCAUAUCAUGUGCCUUACUAGUAAUAAUCCCGUGGACGUCCUCCUCCGCAAACAGCCGCCCAGCGUGACCGCGUCCUUUUACCAGCGCGUGAAAUUCCUCGUUGAAGAGAACAGCGUACAAAGCUACGCUCAUAUGAACGAAUACACCGAAAGUACGUUCUGGAGUUCCUUUACACCGCGUCGAGUUGCUGUGAUGCGAGGCCAAGUUGUAACCGAGCAAGGAAUUGGAAUAGUAGGCAUCAGAGUGUCCGUGGACAGAGAUCCCCGUUUUGGAUUCACGCUAACAAGAGCUGAUGGAUGGUUCGAUGUGCUGGUCAACGGCGGCGGUGCGGUGACGCUUCAGUUCCAACGUAGCCCCUUCAAACCCCUCACAAGGACGGUGUUCGUGCCAUGGAAUCAAAUAGUGGUUCUGCCACCUGUGGUGAUGACCCUUAACGAGGAAGGGGAGUCCCAUAAAUCGAACCAACCCCCUAGUCCAGCUGUCGGCUUCCCAGGGAUAUCGAUGGGACUAUUUAGCGAGCACGGACCAUGCCUGGAGCACGACCACGAACUACUAAGGCCCAUCAUUGUUAGCACCUGGAUGCCUGAGAAAGUAGGAGGUCUUCCUGGCAAAAGCAUGGUGUUUGGUGAAAGUCAGAUUGUUCAAGAGAGCAUCGCCAUCCCCGGCUCCGACCUCCACUUGAUGUAUCAAAGUAGCCAGGCUGCUGGUUACCUUUCAACAGUGAGGAUGCAACUGACUGGACCAUUCAUACCAAAGUCGUUGACGCAUGUGCACGUACACGUGGAGAUAGAGGGCUCACUUCACACCAAAACUUAUGAAGCAGAUCCAAAUUUGACCCACACGUUUGCCUGGAACAAGAGGAACGUUUACAAGCAAAAGGUGUAUGGUGUCGCCCAGGCGAGAAUCUCCAUUGGUUACCAGCACUCCACUUGUCCAGCUGUGGUUUGGGAAACGCAGACGGCUACUCUGCAGGGUUUCGACGUGGACAUCUCAGACAUUGGGGGUUGGGGACUGGAUAUUCAUCAUCACUAUAACUUCCACGAGGGCAUAUUGCAGAAAGGAGACGGUACCACGCUGCACUUCAAGCAGUAUCCCCGUACAGUUAAGGUGGUGAUGGGUACUGGACUGCAGAGAAACUUAGACUGUCAAGACUGUAAUAGUAUCCAAGCGCUGGUGGCCAAGGAUGCUAGGUUGUUGACUCCAGUUGCGCUUACUAGUGGACCAGAUGGAAGCAUUUAUGUAGGUGACUUCAAUCUGGUUCGGAGGAUCACACCUGAGGGCAGUGUGUACACCGUUUUGACGUUGAGUGCAACCCAAGUGGCUUACCAAUACUACCUAUGCGUCUCCCCGGCCGACGGUCACCUGUACAUUAGUGACCCUGAGAAACAUCAAAUAUUAAAGGCACUGUCUCUAAAGAACGUCCAGCAUCCUAGUAUCAACAUCGAGCCCGUGGUUGGAAGCGGAGAGCGAUGCAUUCCUGGCGAUGAAAGUCAUUGUGGAGAUGAAGGACCAGCCAUUCGAGCUAAAUUGGCUCAUCCAAAAGGAAUCGCUAUUGCCGCUGACAAGACCAUGUACAUAGCCGAUGGUAGAAACAUCCGUGCAGUAGAUCCCCAUGGCAUCAUCCACACCUUAGUAGGACACCAUGGACACCAUAAUCACUGGUCUCCAGCACCAUGUGUAGGUGCUAUACCAGCUCACCAAGCCCAAUUACAAUGGCCAACUGGCUUGGCCUUGAGUCCUCUAGAUGGAUCUCUACAUUUCAUUGAUGAUAGACUGGUUCUAAAGCUCACCAGUGAUUUAAAAGUACGUGUGGUAGCUGGUACACCACUCCACUGUACUAGCAAUACUAGCAACAAUGGCAACAAUAACGACGGUGAUUUGAAGAAGUCGAAUUCAACAACGACCACCAAUCCUAAGAAGUCUGAUGAAGUCCUUGGCUCUGUACUAGCUGUUAGUUUCAGUCCAACUGGUGAAUUAUACAUAGCAGAAAGUGACUCACACAGAGUGAACUCCAUCAAAAUUGUAGAUAGCUCUGGGAAAAUGUCCCAUUUUGCUGGACAGCAACAGGAAAGGUUACGUGGUCAAUGUGAAUGCAAUAACACAACACCAAGUACUAAAGAUCUGGACAGUUGUUCGUGUACGGAUGACACCAGCAGCACAGAGACUCUAUUGUCAUCGAAUGCCAAAUUCACCGCCAUAUCUGCUCUAGCAGUGUCACCAGAUGGCGUUCUUCAUGUGGCUGACCAAGGUAGUCUGCACAUCUUGGCUUUGCAACCAUAUCUUCCAAAUCUCGAUGAAAGUGGAGAGUUCCAUAUUCCAUUCCCACCCUCGAACGAAGUAUACGUGUUUAAUCGUUAUGGUCAACACAUCUUUACUAAGGACUUGACUUCUGGCAAAACACGCUACUCGUUUCAGUACAGUAAAAAUACGAGUUUUGGAAAGUUGUUCACGGUAACGGACAGCGCUGGAAAUAAAAUUCAGUUCUUGAGAGAUUAUAGCAGUGUGGUUAGUUCUAUAGAGAAUACACAGGAUCACAAGUCUGAGCUGAAAAUCUCGGCAGUAGGGUUCUUGGAGAAGCUAUCUGAACGGGGUAGAGCUGAGAUCGCACUUGCCUAUGAUGGAUCGACUGGAUUACUUACGAGUAGAUCAGGAGGUGGUGAAACGUACAUCUAUAACUACGAUAGUUUGGGUCGAGUUACUGAUGUCAUCCUACCUACUGGUGAAAAGUUGAAGCUCUUUUCGGAUCUAUCUGAUGAUGAAGGUCUAUCUGUCAAGGUUUCUGCUCCGCUUCAAGCUCUCUCGAAGGGAGAUAAGCAAAGGGCCGUCGAAUUCAAAAUGAAGAACGAAAGAUCGAAGAUGCUGACAAUUACUGAUGGCACCAAGAUAAAGAAAGCGAUUGCCUUCACCAACAGCAGCCUAGAGGUCCUUUUACCUGGCGGUGGAAGAGUAUUAAGUGCAGCCACCACGAAACAUCCUCUUUUAGAAGCUGAAUUACCAGUAGAAGCUGAAAUGUUGCCAAUGUGGAGCUACCAACUGAUGUCCCUAGGCGAACUAACCAACACCAUGACCACAACUUAUAAUCUGGUCGGUGACGUCAGCCACUUCCAGCAAACUUUAAACAGGGAAAUCUGGGUGAACGAUACUCGUGUGAUAGGUGUAGAGUUCGAGCAAGCCUUCAGGCGUGAAACAUUCUAUGACAAAGCCAGAAAUCCACUCUUGACAGUCACCUUUGAUCCUGCUGGCCUACCUUUGACCUGGCAACCACAUGAACAAGGCUACAAUCUCAGCAUCACGUAUGACAGAUUCAAUCGCAUAGAAAGCUGGAAAUGGGGCCCAUCUGAUGAAUCUUACGGCUAUGAUCACCAGGGACAACUGGCUGAAGUGACUAAUAGUCAAGAUGGCACCAAACAUUACACCUAUAAUGAUUUCAAUAUGUUGUCCAAUAUCACUCUGGCCAGCGAUAGACAUUUCUCCUUACAAUAUGAUGACGAUGGUGGACUACGUCAUAUUAUCCUUCCGUCAGGAAAAAGUGGUCUGCCUUCAGAAGUGAUACACUCUGAACGAGAUGUGGAGUACAAAUGGGAUUACCAGUACAGUGCUGGAUUGUUAGUAGAAGAGCGUAUAGAUUUUGGUGCAAAGACUGGCCUCAGUAACGCCAAGUUCACUUUCGAUUAUGAUUCCAACUUCAGACUUAUCAAUGUACAGGGUAGAAUCGGCGGCCAGACACUUCCAGCCCACACCAUGGCUUACAGUCCAAGGACAGGUAUGCUGGAACAAAUUGGACAAUUUAAGGUGACCAGACCACAAACCAACGAAACCACUGUGUUCGAUGGAACUGCCUUGUUCUCCAGGAGUACAGAUGACAGGUUCUUGGAGACCCAAGUGACAUUGACUAUUCAUCAAUUAGAAGUGUUCAAGAUGGAGUUCACUCAUGACAUUCGUGGUCGCAUUAAUCAGACAAGGACAUACACACGCAAUGUUGCUGUUAAUACUUAUACUAACGUAAAAAAUUAUACUUGGGACUGUGACGGCCAGUUAACUGGUGUUGAAGCCCAGGAACCAUGGGGUUUCAAGUAUGAUGCCAAUGGGAACAUGUUGUCAUUGACUUAUCGAAAGAACCUUAUACCUAUGGAGUAUAACAAUAUGGAUAGAAUAGUUAAAUUAGGGGAAGGACUGUAUAAGUAUGAUAACAGAGGAUUGGUGGUGCAAAAUGCUAGAGAAGAGAGAUUCAACUACAAUGCGAAAGGGCUUCUGGUCCGUGCCACUAAACGUGGUCGCUUUGAUGUGAGAUAUUACUACGAUCAUCUGGAUCGUCUUGCUACCCGGAAGGAUAACUAUGGAAAUGUCACUCAGUUCUUCUAUAACAAUCAGAAACGUCCUCAUGAAGUCAGCCAGAUUUACAGUCCGAGGGAUGGUAAAUUAAUGUCGUUGGUUUAUGAUGACAGAGGACAUCUGAUCUAUGCUCAAGUCUAUCGGCACAAAUAUUAUAUUGCCACUGAUCAAUGUGGCACACCAAUCAUGAUCUUUAGUCAAUAUGGCGAAGGUAUAAGAGAAAUAAUGAGGUCGCCCUAUGGACAUAUCGUUUAUGAUUCGAAUCCUUAUUUAUAUUUGCCUGUUGACUUCUGUGGAGGGCUUCUGGAUCAGGUAACAUCAUUGGUGCACAUGCCAAACGGCAGAGUUUACGAUCCAUUAAUAGGCCAAUGGAUGUCUCCCUUAUGGGAGAACGUUCUGGACAGAGUGGACACUCCGACGCAUCUGAAUCUGUAUAGGUUCAAUGGGAACGAUCCUAUUGACGUUAGGCAUACAGACCGACCAAACCAACCAACUGACCACAUAUCAUGGAUGUCGCACCUCGGCUACGACCUCAAGAGCCUCGCCCCUCAACUCUUCCCAGAGGAGCUCCCAGACAGCCUCAUUCCUCCAGCUCUAGGACCAGGCACCUCUAUCUUUGGCAAAAAGAAGAGAACCAGAAACCUCGGUGUUCAAUCAGGCUUCCUCGCCCACAUCGCACAAAGACACUCAGGGGACGCUGUCAGCCUCUCAGCGCCACCUCGUUCAGCCCUGAAGAAGGACACAAGCGAUCUUAUUCCCAGUCGCCUAGGCGCCGCAUCAGAUCCUCCAUUUGGCAAAGGAAUCCUCGUCUCCAGAACUGCAGAUGGCCAAGCAGUGGUAUCAAACGUACCAACAGCUAACGCCAUCUAUGGCGACGUGUUCACAUCAGUGUUCAACCGUUCAUACUUCCUCCCGUUCACGUUCAUAGUGCACAGCGCUCAACAGGACGCUUUUUACUUCGUAAAAGAAGAUACAUGGCGGGCCAGUGAGGACCGCGGUCAGUUAAAGCGUCUCGGUGGUCAGGUGAACACUACUUUCCACGAAAGUGAGAAUGGUAGUGGUAGUAGCUCGCUGAUCGACGUGAAAAUCCAUGGAGUCAGUUACGUAGUUAAUCUGCGUUACGGCACCACUGCGGAAAGAGAGAAACAAAGACUGCUUCACCACGCCAAGGCGACCGCGAUUCGUAAAGCGUGGCAUAGAGAACGCGAGGCCCUCAAGGCUAACACACCUACGGCUAUUGAAUGGAUGGUAGCUGAGCAGGACGAGAUUCUGAAAUCUGGAUCUGCGUCCAGUUACGAGGGUGAAUACAUUCACGAUGCACAGCAGUAUCCAGAGCUAGCCGAAGACCCGUACAAUAUUCGGUUCGUGAAGAAGGCGGUGGACCCGUCGAGCAAGAAGCGUCGUAGGAGGAGAGGCGCACCCACAUGCAAAUUGUGGUGGCUAGACAAGAUCUGCUAAUGAUAUCGUCAGCCAGGGAGUCCUAAUCUCCUGAGAUACAUUCGGAUGCCGGGAGAAUUGUCCAAUCGUCGAAGCAACAGGAAUUUCCAAAAUGGUGUAGGUAGAGCGUGUGGCGUGUCAAGAGGGUAGAAAGAGAGAAGAGGAUCGAGAAUGGAAAGAAAGAGAGAGAGGGAAUCGCAUCGAGCCGCG